UCUCUUGGAACAAGUAUUGGUAAAAAGACCACUACGAGCCAAGGAAGUCGCGUAACACCAACCAACCAUGCGGUGCAACAUGGCAGAAGGUUGUGGGAGGGCCGUAUACACAAAUAUACAGAAUAUGUUUUAAUGUUGGUUUGGAAAACUUGGUGGAAUGUGUUCGUGAUCGUUACUAUUAUGGUGAAGUACAUUUUUAAUUUCAUCCGGCUCUGCACAAUCUCCUAUCCAUCUUACCGAAUUAUAAUAGAUCGGAGCCUAUUAUUUUUCGAAGCUAUCUUCUUUAUCGAUGUAGCAAUUCAUGUACUGCACAACUUUUGGCCCAUUGUACGAUUGCAUAUCCGUGUCUACAGAAGAAAUGUCUAUUCACUGUCGUAUGACAUAAUCAGUAUGCUUCCAUUGGUUGUAAUGUGCGAUCUUGUCAAUAAAUUCUAUCGCACUGGAGUACCGUGUACAUACUUGAUCAAGAUUGGGAGAUGGCUGGUAAUCGGUCGUAUUUACAGAGUUGCUAUGUACUUCCUAGAUGUAAAUACAGAGAUGCAAAAUUCCCGAAGACUGUUCUAUGUACUGGAGCACAUCGUUUUGGUGAAUCUCGCGUUACAUGGCUCAACAUGCAUAUGGAACGCAUUGAAUCAACCGGAACGCCCUGAGAAGCAGUGGUAUAAUCUCGGAUUUCCAGAUCAUGUACAUAUAGCGAGGCUUACCUUUCAAAAUUAUUUGGAAUGUUGGUACUACAGCGCCGGACGGCUUUUUAAUAUAAUCUUUGGAGACUCAUUCCCUUUUGGUAGUACAGAGAAAUGGUUGACAUCUGUCCUAAUGUUAUUUGGUUUUGUAUUAAUGCGGUAUCAGUUCGUGGGCGUUCUUGCCUGGGACAUGAUUGAUCAACUCACUCGAUGGUCGCAAUUCGUUGAUCGGUAUCACCACAUGAAAGAGUAUCUCAAAUCGUGUGGAGCUCCACAGUCUCUCAUAGACCAGGCGAAGAAUUACAAGUUGCAACUCUGGAAAAUGAAGAAGGGAGUGUUGAGAUCAGAUCAUCUUCAGAAACUGCCGCAUUCAUUGCAGAUGGAAUUGAUAUUUGAUAUAAACGUUGGUCACUUUCAUCGGUCAAUGCUUUUGGGAGAUACGGGAGAACCGUUCAUGCGUCAAUUAGCGCUAGUGAUUCGCCAUGAAUUGUAUUUGGCUGGGCAGCAGAUAUGGAAUCAGGGCGUGGUUAAGAGCGGCCUCAUCGUAAUCAAGCAAGGCGUCGUUGAGUUGCUCUCGGAUGAGGACGAUGAGAGCCCUAUAAUCGCAUUUAAGGAAGGAACAGUACUGGGAGAGUUAAGUUUAUUCUACUCGAUACCAGCGAAAGUUAGUGUGCGAGCAGCCACUUACGUGGAAGUGCAGGUGUUACGUAGAUCAGAUUUUAUGAGAGUGAUGUUAGAAAAUCCCUUGGUCCUGCACAAUGUUCGCAGCAAAAUAGAGAAAAGAGUUAAAAGCUCGUUUGCAAGACAGGAAAGCAUUUCAGAAUAUGACAGUAAUGAUUCUAGAUUGAUUCGAACUCGGUAUCGUCCCAUGAAAGUGUUCCAGGACCACUUGGCUGGUGUGGAAGAUGAAGAUCCUACAUUUGUUGAUGAUUCACACUUGUAUUACAGAGAUAAAAACAACCAGCGGCUACCGAAAUUCACCGACGAGUAUUUACAGCUGUAUAAAUUGACUAAUAACGUGACCACUGUCGAUUCACCGCAUAUUAUUAUCAAUUCUAACUUUCCCUGGAUUUUGGAGCCUGAUACAGAUUUUACUCAUGUGUUAGACGUGAUCCACUUCUUAAUGGUCCUGUACGUUUGUAUCAUGUCGCCUCUCCAUGCGAUGGGGCUCAUGAAUUCGGACACACAGAAGGUUGUUCAUAUAGUCAUAAUGUCUGGCUUGUUGCUCCACAUUUAUAGACAGCUGACCACUUGUGUCGUCGACAAGAAUGUGAAAAAGGUAACAGUGAAGGAGAUAGCAGAACUAAAAAUGUCUUCUGUCGGUUUCUACAUGGACAUAAUAUCUGUUUUUCCGGUGCAUAUUUUCAUUGAGACCCUGUUUCCUGACCGUGACUCGAUGUGGAUGGAGGUUUCGAAGCUCUUUCCCGCACUGCAAGUUUGGCACUUAUGGGAUUAUUGUUCCAAAUGGCAAAAGAAUUUCGAAAGUAACGAUAAGAUUCUUAUAUUAAUUAGAUACACUAUCUUGGAAUGCAUAUUCUGUUAUUGGUCUGGAGCCUUUUUGUACAUGUACUCAUGUCCUAAAAGUCUAUGUAACGAGAGCUCAUGGAUGUCACAACUUAUUCUCGCAGAAACUAAAGUCUUCGUAACAAAUAAUGCUCGACACGAGUACCCUAUUACAACAGCCAUCUCUUUUGGCACAGCAGUGUUUACCGGUAGUGGCAUUGGUGAAUUGUCACCGGGUACUAGUGAUCUGUUGGUGGUGUUUUUUCUAUUUGCCAUAGGCACAUACAUGCAAAUGUUUUACAUUGCAAGAGUAUGUGCCACAUACGUUCUAUCGACUAAGAGAAAAUUAGUAUUUAGGGAAUCCAUGAGGGAGUUAUUUUAUUUCCUGACAGUGAAUCGAGUUAGUGCAAAAAUUAAAGCACGCGUUAAAAAAUUCUUCUGUGUGCAAUGGUACUAUAACCAGGCGGUAUCGGUGGACGAGAUAUUCAAAGAUAUGUCUGUGAAUGUUCAGCAGGAAGUUUUGUCUAUAGAAAUGGUGGAAACACUUCUGCAUUGUCCACUUUUUCAGGACUGCUCUCGAGAUUUCUUGCAAACCGUAGCGGGGAGUGCCAAAACGGUGGUGUUGCCAGAAGACGAGAUUAUACAACACGCUGCCGACAUCAGCCGAGAUAUGUAUAUAUUGCAAAAAGGUCAUUGUGACAUGCUUAAUAGUAACGGUAAAGUAGUCAGAUCAUUUGGGCCUGGCUCUCAUUUUGGUGUAGUCGAAAUGAUAUUUUGUUUGCCAAAGGUGCACACAGUGAUAACAACAACAAACUGUGUACUUCGACACGUGGAGUAUAGUUCACUGUUGCAGUGUUGGAGCACUUUCCCUGAUAUUAGCAUGCCGAUUCUCACGGUAUUACAAGACCCAGAGCUCAUAGCGAUGGCAGCAGAGUACGAAGAUGCUAAGCCUCUUACGGGUAGAAUAGAAGUCAAAAUAAAUCGAUUUGCGCGAGAAAUAAAAGACAGUUUCGUAAUUUUGAAUCGAUCCGACGACAAGCGAGACUAUAAGCUUGCAUUUGAUAAUAUGGGAUUUCUUCGACACAUAAACUAUUUGUUCCUUCCAAUAUCCAUCACGCCGUACGGGUUUUUCCUUAAGUGUUGGUCGUUGCUUCGCUUUUUCGUUGCACUCUUCUAUAUGUUCGUUAUACCGUAUAAUAUUGCUAUAAAACGGCACAGAUUUGGUUCCAGAGUCAUGUACAUGGAUUUAUUUUUGUACGUUGACUUGAUAGUAAUGGCGUACGUGGGUUAUUACGAUGAGAAGUCUCUCCUCGUGAAGCAUCCUCUCUAUACAGUAUCGCGAUAUAUAAAGACGACAUUUUUUUGGGAUGUAAUCGCUAUAUUCCCUUUUGAGCAAUUGUUACGAACGGUAAACGAUUCAGUGGACUUGGAUUUCUUCCGCCUUAAUCGAAUCUGCCUGGUGACCAGGCUUACAGGAGCCUUUGAAUACUGGGAAAGUGAUAUAAUGAAUAUAAACCCAGCAUUAGUGAUGUUUAAGUUUCUACCUUUGGCAAUGACGUUCAUAAACUUCAUGACGGCGUUCAUAUUUAUGAACUCGUGUAAACCGUUCGUUAAACGGGAUAAUAUCACGCAUUUUUCGUUUGCGCCGAAUAUUCGUGUCAAUUGUACUAAAACUUUGGUUUUGUCUAGCACUGAGAAAUAUGUUGAAGCAGAUGCGUUCGACGAGUACAUUUAUACUGGAUUGUGGGUUUUUGAAUUAUUCAUGGGGUGUGGGUGUGCUCCAGUAAUGGUGACAGGGACCACAGACGCGGUGUUGGUGAUGAUAUUACAGAUUGUUGGUCUGCUGUACUUCGCGUUCAUGGUCGGAUUCAUUAUCUCCUUACGCUCUGCUUCUGCUCAUGCAUUGCUUGAUCAUACUGAAAACACGAGAGAUCUAACCAACUUUCUGUAUCAAGAGAACGUGGACCCGAUGUUAAUUGCAAAAACGGUGAAGUAUUUUGAAUAUGUAUGGAAGAGAACGGAUGGCAGCAAUCCACAGCAAAUAUGUCGCUGCUUGAACUCCGCACUUAUGGAAGAUACCCUCGUCUUCAUGUAUGAACACGCUCUUCGUGAGGUGCCGUUGUUCGGCAAGGUCGAGCGUUCUUUUAUUAGAGUAAUCACUCAACAUCUGAAUGAGAUGUACUUCCUCAAGGGUGAGACUGUCGUGCAGUACCGAGACGUGCAGACCAAUAUCUAUAUCAUUUAUAGAGGGAAGGUGGAUGUUCUGAGUUCAUUUAAUGAAAUGGUUACUUGUAUGGGACCUGGAGGCAUGUUUGGCAAUUUUACUGGGCAACCAAUAUCAUGUUCAGACGUAUCAAUCUACGCUAGUCGAAGCUUGGACUUGCUGGUUAUUCCUUGUCAAUCGUUUUUCAAUUUGGUGAAAGUAUAUCCCAAAAUCCAAGAACUCCUUAAAAAGGCUUUGGAAAAUUCAAAGGACUACAUUUUGCCCAUAUCUAUGGAUAAUUUAGAAGAUAGUUCCAGCGUAGAAUCAGAUUUGGAAGAAGCCGAUUCAGGACAUGAUUCCAUAAGUGGAUUUGAGGAGCAAUUAGAGACGCAUAUUCAAAUGCAAAGGUCAUUCACGGAGAUGAGCAUGGCUAAGUCCCAAUCCAGUAUCGGAACCUUCCAAAGCUACUCGCACAUUCACAACCUGGUCAGACCCGGAUCCUGGCUUUAUCAGGGUUUCGGUUAUUUGUCCUGCGUAAUGGCGUCUGUAAACUAUGUCCUAGUGUCCUACCAGCUAGUGACAUUGAACGACUGUAAAAUCUUGUUCUGGGUGCAAGGAGUCCUUGAUAUAUUCUUUUAUGUCAAAAUUUACUUCAAUAUGCAUCAGGGUUUCAUAAACAAACGUGGAGUCGUAGUGACUGAAGCAAACAAGUGCCGGCGACAAUAUAGCAGGCUCAAAUGGUGGAUGUGGUCUGAUUUGUUCGCCAACAUACCUAUGGAGUUCUUUGGUUUCGCUUUUGCAAAUUGUCCGAGAGCCAUGCAUUAUUUGCGCUGCAACAAGUUGUUAAGACUGAAAUAUCUUGUGGAAUUUUACAAGAAGACUUCAGCUGAGCUCACAAACAAUAUAACUUUUUUACAGGCUGUGACGACAGCGUUCGUAGUAAUCUUAUUGGUUCACACAUUGACUUGCGUGUGGUUACUCGUGAUAAUGGCUAAUUCGCCAAUUUGCUUUCUGCGCCGAGUCAAAAUGCAUCUUUUCGAUGAGUUAGUUUCACGCAGCCGAGAAGCUCCACACCAGCGUUGGAAUUACACUACGGCCCUCUACGUGAUGGUGGCACUUUUAACAGGCACAGGGGGCGAUGAGUUUGUCGUAGACGAAAUUAAGGCCUUCGUUAUACUAAGUCUGUCUGUGGUGUGCGGUAAAAUGUUAGCCGCUAUGAUCGUCGCGACUUGCAUCCAGCUGGCUUACUCUGCUAAAAGUACCCUAACCAAUUACGAGAGAAAAGUUGGGGAACUAGUAGAUGUUUUGAGAAACCAGGGAUUAUCGAACUAUCAACUAAAGAAAUACUGGAUGUACAUUAAGCAGCUGUGGGUGUACGAGAGAGGUCGACAGUUGCCGGUACUCCUGGCUCAAACCCCGUAUGUCCGCCGCUGCGACCUUAUGUCGGCGAUGUUUGGCCACCAUCUGCAGAACUGCUUCCUCUUCGCCGACACCGGCGAGCAUUUCCUCAGACAACUCACUGCUGUGCUCACUUAUACCACAUUCUUUCCUGGUAAUUAUAUAGUAGCAGCAGGCGACAGUGACGCAUGCAUGUACUGGGUGACACAUGGUACAGUGUCUGUACUGUCAGUGCGUUCGGAUUUGACCGAAAUGACUCACGAAUACCUCGGACCAGGAGAUGUGUUUGGGAUACUGCAGGGACUCGCAAGAGGCGUAUUGCAUUGCUUCUCUUAUCGAGCCGAAACUAAGGUAAGGUCGUUUGAGGUGAUUUAUACGUAGUAAUUACGGCCAUAAUACAGGCAAAUAGGUUCUCGUGUGGAUACCUCGAAUUGCAAGGACAGAGUGUGAGACAGUUCCCUAUUAGCUAGAUAAAUGACCAGGA